UGUGGUUACUGGUUACGGAGGAGGGGAAGCCCGGUGUUUGAAAAUGAAUGUGCUACAUGCACAUUUGUAGACAGAAAGCGGCCAUCAUUUUGGAGUCAGACAUUAAGGAAACCGAAGAAACAGGGAUUUCAGCUUCUGAUACGGAAGAGACAGAUACAGAGCAGCGUUUUCCAGCCUGUAGAGAUGCACUUGACCGCGUGUGAACCUACAUCCGUGUCCACCGCUGAAGUUAUGGAGCAUCCAGGGGAUGCGAGCCUCCUUCAGUCCUGUGGAACAGCAGACAGUCUCGCCUCCCUGGAGGACGCCGCCGCCGAGUCUACAGCAAAUGAGUCAUCGGAGGAGGACUCGGCAUGUGCCAGAGAAGAGCAAUCCACUGCCAAAGUCGAACAUAGCAUACACCCAGAAUCAGGUGCCACCGCUCGUCCCAACUCCCUCUCUCUGCCCGUUAAGGGCACAGAGCUCUGGACUACAAAAAGGGAUGGAGAGGUGAAGCUCAGGAUGGGUGAGUCCGGCCCUGAGGCUAAACCCCCCUUGACAGUGAACCAGAUGUUCACUUCUACGGUCCAACGCUUUGGCAACUACAAUGCGCUGGGCUGGAAAGAGGGAGAGCAGUGGAAGACCAUGACUUACAAUGAAUACUACAAGACUUGCCGCAUUGCUGCCAAGAGCUUCCUCAAGCUCGGUCUGGAGAAGUACCACGGUGUUGGUAUCCUCGGGUUUAACUCAGUCGAGUGGUUUAUUGCUGACAUCGGGGCUAUUUUAGCUGGAGGGUUUGCUGUGGGCAUCUACACCACCAACUCUCCCGAGGCAUGCCAGUAUGUGGCGGAGAACUGCCAGGCCAACAUCCUUGUGGUGGAAAACCACAAACAGCUGCAGAAGAUCUUGCAGAUCCAGGACAAAUUACCGCACCUAAAAGCCAUUAUCCAGUACAAAGAUGAGCUGAAAGAGAAAAAGCCCAAUCUCUACACGUGGGCAGAGUUUAUGGACCUGGGCCGCGAUGAUCCUGAUGCUCAGCUGGAUGAUAUCAUCAGCUCCCAGAAACCCAAUCAGUGCUGUACACUGAUCUACACAUCCGGAACCACGGGCCAACCAAAGGGAGUCAUGCUUAGUCACGACAAUCUCACAUGGACAGCGUUUGUGACUGGCCAAGAUGUGAGCCUGACAGAUGCGGAUAAGCUACAGGAAGUGAUCGUGAGCUACCUGCCACUCAGUCAUAUUGCUGCACAGAUGAUUGACAUCUGGCUUCCCAUGAAAGCAGGAGGAGUCACGUACUUUGCAGAGCCUGAUGCGCUAAAGGGUUCUUUGGCUAACACUCUACGUGAGAUACGCCCUACCGCAUUCAUGGGUGUGCCACGGGUGUGGGAGAAGAUGCAGGAGAAGAUGAAGUCGAUUGGUGCCAAAUCGUCCACUGUGCGUCGGAAGGUGGCAUCCUGGGCCAAAGACGUGGGCCUGCAGACCAACCUCAACAAACUGGAGCUUAAUGGCAACCUGUCCAGAAAGCCAUUAAACUAUCGAUUGGCAAAGCGUCUGGUGUUCCGGAAGGUUCGGAAGGCGCUGGGACUGGAUCGCUGUACGAGGUGCUACACCGGAGCAGCUCCCAUAACCAAAGACACACUGGAGUUUUUCCUCAGUCUGGACAUUCCUCUGUUUGAGCUCUAUGGCAUGAGCGAGAGCUCUGGACCGCACACCAUCUCACUGCCAGACGCCUUCAGACUCGCCAGCUGUGGAAAGGUAAUUCCAGGCUGUAAGACGAAGAUCUUCAGCUCUGACGAUCAUGGUAUCGGAGAGAUUUGUUUCUGGGGUCGUCAUGUGUUCAUGGGCUACUUGAACAUGCCCGAUAAAACCGAAGAGGCUCUGGAUGCAGAUGGCUGGCUGCACUCGGGUGACCUCGGCAAACACGACCAGGACGACUUCCUGUUCAUCACUGGACGCAUUAAAGAACUGAUCAUCACAGCCGGAGGUGAAAAUAUUCCCCCGGUGCCCAUUGAGGAUGCUGUUAAAGAGGCCAUUCCGCUCAUCAGCAAUGCCAUGCUUAUCGGAGACAAAAGAAAGUUCCUCUCCAUGCUGCUCACCAUUAAGUGUCAGGUUAACACUGAAACGGGUGCUCCUGAAGACGAACUGACUCCUGAGGCGGUGGAGCUGUGUCGUAACCUCGGCAGCACCUCCACGCGAGUCAGCGAGAUCUCCGGUGGCCGCGACCGUGUCGUACACGCAGCCAUUCAAGAAGGCAUCAACCGCGUCAAUGAGAAAGCCACCUCAAACGCCCAGCGCAUCCAGAAAUGGACCGUUUUGGAGAAGGAUUUUUCCAUCCCUGGCGGAGAGCUGGGGCCCACAAUGAAGCUCAUAAGGCCAGUGGUCAUGAAGGUGUACAAAGACCAGAUUGAGAACUUUUACAAAGAAGUCUUGACCCCAACCACCCCAGACAACCCUCUGCCUUCUAAAUAGGCAUCCAACAAAAGGCCUUGUCAUCCACUUAAAAGGAGACAAAUGGGCUGACAUGGUCUAAAACACACACACACACAGGAACACCAUUCAUACCUUGUGACUAGCUUGUGUCCAUUUUUGAGUUCAUUUUUGUUGUGGGUUUUAUUUUUAUUUUAUUUCAUACUGUUUACAUUUUUCUGUUUUAUAGCAAGAAGGAAAACAUGUUUAUGAAACAAAAAGCCAUUUGUGAAUUUAAGUUUUUUUAUGUGUGUGUGUGUGUGUGGUGAUUUACUAUUUAUUUUCUUGCCUAAUUAUAAUGAAGUCUAUUGAGCCAUGUUCUUGAUUUAUAUGUGAGUGUAGGUGAUUGGAAUGUCUGCGUUCAAAGAUUUGAAUUAAUUUAUGGAUAAAUUUAUCAACAAAGAUUGAAAAAUCUUAAUAGCUAACAAGCAGACUUACGCCUCAGGCAUGACUGAAUUCUUUGAGAAAAGCAUUUGGUGGUUGUGCUUGUUUGUCAACGGCACUGCUGCGUACUACUGCAACCAAAAACACACUGUUUAAUGGAAACUAGAUGUUUGCAGAGGAAUAUCCUCAAGACCUCGUUCUGUGAAGAUCAUUUAGCUAGAAUCCUGUUCCAUAAAAGCCAUUAAAUGUUUGUUGCUUUUGUAAUCAAAUGCAUUACAUUUGUUUGAAUGUUUGUUUCGCUUAUGCAGAUGGUUCAUUUAGUCGUGAAUGUUUUUUUUUUUUUUUAUUGGACCUGUUAUAUAGUGUAAAUACGUUAUUGCAUUUGCUCUUCCUCUGUGGUCUUAUUUGAUGCUUUGCUGCAUCACUCUGACAAUCCUUAAAGUAGCAAGAGGUUGGAUGUCAUGCAGUCUAGUGUCAGCAUGAGUGUUUUGAAAAAAAAAAAAAAAUUAUUCUGGACAGCGGUUAAUAUUUAUCUCAUGAAAAAAGAUAAAAGAUCUAUUUAGAGGUCAAAAUUUGAUCCACCAAGAUAUGUUGAGUUAAUUGUUUUGCAUGUGCAAUAAGGACAUUUUGACCAAAAAUGUAACCGACUAUAUUUAUAUUGUAUACUGCAUAGUAAAAUGAUUCAAAUGCAAUUUGGAAAAACAUAUGGGUUGAUCAAAGCGGUUAAAUUAUCAAACUUUGGAAAGUUUUUGAAUUGGGAAGUGCUAUUUAAUCAGUGCUUGAAUAUAUAUAUAUAUAUAUAUAUGGAAAUCACUUGCAAAUGCAAAUCCAAAGAUAUGAUUUUUUCCUGUGUGAAUAGAUUAGUUUUGUCUCACUAAAGAGCUUUCCUUAAAUACUGGACCUGUUACUCCAAAGUGUGUAUACUCUCUGACUGCAUGACCACAGCGAGGCCUUUUUGUAAAUAGGAAGACUUCAAGUAAUUUGUGAUUGAAAUGGGCAAAUCGUUUACGCGAUCAGAAUUGGUGAGAAUGAAGGUAGAACUUGUGGGUGAUUUCCUUUCUUCUAUCUGGGAUUUCUAUUAUGGUUUCAACUAAAUUACUCUUUAUUCUUUUUCAAAAUCCACUUGCAUUUUGUUAAAAAAAGUUUCUUUUUAGAAAAAAUACUGUGAUGGUUUUAAUGCAUGUCUGAUCUAGAUCUUGACUAGCAUGAAGGGCACUCCAUUUGGAAAUGUGCAAACAUGAAUUUGAGGUGAAGUCUCAGAUUGUGAAAGGUUUGCCCAGUUUUAUCUGACUCUGAAAACUCUUGAACUGGGUGAAAAUUUGUUGUGUGUAGUGUGAUGUUAAGGGUUUCUGAAACAUGCAUGUCAUUGUUGAAACUGGACUACAGAACAUAGAUAAUGUUGGGAGAUGGAACUCCAGGUUUCUUCUGUAUGUGUGAAUUAUCCCUUUACUGGACAAUAAAUGUGAUAUAACCAUGA